CCUCGUCCGAGCCAGAAAUGAAGUCUUUCACUCUCCUGCUGAUUGUCGCCGUAGCUGCUGCUGCCGUGUCGCAGGUCAGUGCCCAGUGGUUGCCCUUGCUGGCGGACGUGACACCUUAUCCCCCCAUUACUUUGCAGACAUCGGCCAAGUUCCAGGUGCGAACGCACGACGAUGCGGCCAAGGCCUUCGAAGAUUGCCGGGAGGACAACUACGUGCCGGAUGACAUCUACGAAAAGUUCCUGAACUAUGAUUUCCCCGCCCAUCGUCGCACCAGCUGCUUCGUCAAGUGCUUUGUGGAGAAGAUGGGUCUGUUCUCGGAAAGCAGGGGCUUCGACGAGAAGGCAAUGAUUAAACAGUUCACGGUCAAGACCCCCAAGGAUCUGGACACGGUCCAACAUGGCCUGGAGAAGUGCAUCGAUCACAAUGAGGCAGAGUCGGAUGUUUGCACAUUCGCCAACCGCGUCUUCUCCUGCUGGCUGCCCAUCAACCGGCAUGUAGUCCGCAAGGUUCUGGCAGAUCUUGCGGGUGAAGCCAAAAUUCUGGAGAACUGUCUGAAGAAAGUCAGCAGCCCGGAGCGCAUUGUCAGCGAUCUGCAGAAGCUGGAGCGCUACCCCGAAUGGACAAGUGAGGAGGUGCCCUGCCUGAUGCGUUGUCUGGCCAGCGAGAAGGGCUGGUUUGAUAUCGUGAAGAACAAAUGGCAGGGCAAGAGAUUGACCGAUGACAUGGGCGCCGAUGUCUACAACUACUGCCGGUUCGAGCUGAUGCGGAAGUCACGGGACGGCUGCAGCUUCGCCUAUCGCGGACUCCGCUGCCUGAAGCAGGCGGAACUGCACGCCGGAACCAGUCUCAGCACGCUGCUCCACUGCGCGCGUACUCUGAAUGCCACCAAUGUGGAGCUGCUGCAGUAUAAUCAGCUUAAAACCGAAGAACCGAUUCCAUGCCUGUUCCAGUGCUUCGCUGAUGCCAUGGGUUUCUAUGAUACGACGGGAGACUGGCGUCUCCUCAACUGGCAGCAAGCCUUUGGCCCCAGUCGCAUGGAGAAUCAGACGCAGGAACAGCCACUAGACUACAGCGAGUGCCGACGCAGUGAUAAAGAGCGGAAGGAAGCCACCAGCAAGUGCUCCUGGAUGUACGAGGAAUACAAGUGCUGGGAGCGUCUCAAUGGCAAUGAUUUCGGGGAGGAAAGUAGAGAGACGAGCUAAUAGCGUAACUAUAAAGUCACUUGUAUUAGAAGAUAUUGAUUAUGUUCAGUUAUAAUAGAGAUGGCAGAUCUAAGCGGCCAUGACAUAGCACGUGAA